AUGGCUUCCGCCGCGGCGAACAAUACCAAUGAAGCACUAUCUAGCUUCUAUGCAAAGGUUGAUGAGCUUGAGAAUGUCUUCAUCGAUAGACUGGGAGAUGCAAUCAAGAUCCCGUCAAUCUCUGCUUAUGCAGACCGAAGGAAGGAUGUGUUUGAGAUGAGCGAAUGGGUUGCCACCAAGCUGAAAGCUGUCGGUGUCGAUGUGACACUGAAAGACCUUGGCAAGCAAGAGGGCACAGACCUUGACCUUCCUCCUCUGGUGCUGGGACGCUAUGGCAGCGACCCCGAAAAGCCUACGGUGCUUGUAUACAGCCACUACGAUGUUCAGCCUGCAUCUAUCGAGGACGGAUGGAAGCAUGAGCCGUUCGUGAUGACAGUUGAAGAAGAUGGCAAGAUCUGCGGGAGAGGCACUUCAGACGACAAGGGUCCUCUCGUUGGCUGGAUCAACAUGAUAGAAGCUUUCCAGAAAGUUGACGUGGACGUACCGGCUAACUUGGUCUUCUGUUUCGAAGGAAUGGAAGAGACCGCGUCUUUUGGCCUUCGGCAAGGCCUAGAGGACGAGGCGGACAAGUACUUCGCAGACGUGGACGUGGUCUGCAUAACAGACGUAGUUUGGUUGAGCGAUGAGCAGAUCAGCGUUCCCCAAGGCCUUAGAGGCAUCAUCUUCUACCUUGUCACCAUCACGGGUGCAAAGGUGGACGCCCACAGCGGCGGUUUUGGUGGUCAAAUCUCUGAGCCAAUGACCGACAUGGUUAACAUCAUGUCUUCUCUGGUGGAUUCAAAGGGCAAGAUUUUAGUACCUGGGAUUUAUGACAACGUCCAGCCUGUCACAAAGGAGGAGUACGAAAGCUACCAGAAGCUGAACAUUUCGGAGGACUCCUUGUAUGGUGGCACGGGGGGCAGAAGCAUCCAUGACAAUCAGGCCGAUGCCCUGAUCGCUCGCUGGAAGAAACCAUCUCUUAGUCUGCACAGGAUAGAAAAUGCCCUACCUGGAGCUGGGGCCGUCACAUCCAUCCCUGCCAAACUCGUUGGAAAAUUCAGUAUUCGUACUGUACCCUUCAUGAAGUGGGAAGACAUUGAUCAGCUAGUGCGAAAACACAUCAAGGACCGUUUCGAGAGUCUGGGAAGCAAGAAUGAUCUUGAAAUUGAAUGCCACCCGAACGACUGGUUCUACGAAGAAGCGAGCCACUGGAACUACCAGGCCGCGAUCCAGGCAACGCGGAACGUGUGGGGCGUCGAACCUGCUCUGACCUGUGAAGGUGGAAGUAUUCCCAUCGCAUUGGACUUCAAGAAAACCUUGAAGAAGAACGUGCUGCUACUGCCUGUUGGGCGGCCUACCGACGGACAACACUCGACCAAUGAGAAGCUGGAUAAGAGCAACUACAUCAACGCCAUCAAGCUCUACGGUUCUUAUCUCAAGGAGGUCGGAAACUUCUGGCGUCAAAGCAAACAAAACGUGUAA